UAUCUGAUAAGAAUAAAAUGGCAUAAACUAUUUGAUAAGGAUAAAAUGUUGAAAUGGUAAAAUAAGGUAUGUACAUGCAUACACAUGCAUGUAACGUUUAAGCAUAAUAGUAAUAAUGAUAAUUAUUACGGAAAGGAACUUUAGCAUACAUGAUAUACUACAUACAUAUACCUCAUAUACAUACAUGCAUACGGUUUAUGCAUACAUGCAUAAAAUAUAACGGUGGUAAUACUACGCAUUGCAUACUUACUUAAAUACUCCACACCUAAUAAUUAAAAGCGUCAAUAAUGAAUAACAAAUUAACAAUGAAACGAUCGGUCAGUUCUGGAAGAAGCUCAACGGACAACGCAGACUGCUAGAACCUUCGUAACCCUCUAUUUAUAUGCUCCCAAACCAUGCGCAAAAUAUCACGUACCUGCAAUUAAAGACAAAAGAUAACAAUACCCAAGUCACGAAAUACGAACACUGACUAGUCGGUGAGUAGGAGAGAAGAGCGUGGGGACUGGCCGCGCCAUCUUGAGAGAGCGCCGGCACUAAGACCAGUUUCCGGAGAAGAGAAUAACGUAGCCGGAGCAGUGGAGCACAGUAGCUUUGCCGCCGCCAAGAGAAGAAAACUGUCAGAGUGCGGUUGCAGAGAUGCCGAAGGAAGGAGGAACUUCUCUGUUUGUGCACUGGACGCCACCGGAGCUGCGGUAUCCAUAAGAGAAGGAUGUCUUCUCUCGCCGUUUCACCUUCUCCACCAGAAGUAAGUACCACCGCAUGGCAAGAAACGAGUGCGUCGAAGGAGGAACCAAAACCAAAGCCAUCGCCGGAAAAAGGGGAACAAGCACCGGACUUCACGCCAAGGGAAGAGCAGCAUGUCACAGUGCUUCUGCAGAGUUCCACGCUAGAGGAAGUACAGAAGACGGAGUCUGCCUGUCCGUUUUGCACGCCGGAGAAAGAACCCAAACUGUCGCGCCAGAAGGUUUAUUGCCGGACCGUUUUUGCACGCCGGAGCAGGAAAGAAAAACCGUUGCCGUUCUACGUCGCCACUGGCCUUGCCUCCACGUUGCCGCCGGUAUGCCUUACUGUUGACGCCGAGAUUAGAGUACCGGAGUGAUGACCACCGCAUCGAACGUCGAUCCGUGGUUCCUCCCUGCGUCGCCGAAACACUUGAAGAAGACGUACGAGUACGUAAACAUUUACUCCGAUUAGCUUAGCUAGCUUGCUGGGCUGGGCUAUUUGUUUAGCUUCUUGGGCCGGUUAACUGGGCUGGAUUACCCUGAUGAUGAUGAUGAUGAUGAUGAUGAUGACGAUGACGAUGACGAUGACGAUGACGAUGACGAUGACGAUAACGAUAACGAUAACGAUAACGAUAACGGAUGGACUAGAUUAUGGAGUAUUAUAUUUAUAAAAGAAAGGGUAGAGGAUUGAGGAAUUAACCUAUAGUUUUGAUAAGAUAUUGAUAUUAGAAAUUGUAAUAUUCUUAGAAGGUGAUUUUUGGAGAAGAUCGACAUAGAAGUUUCAAUUAGGAGUUAUCGCGAUUUGAGGUAAGUUUCACGUCAACCGAAAUUAGUUCUUUUUGCUUUGUGAUUUCUUUGAAUAUUUUUAUGUGCAUAUUGAAGAAUUGAAUUUAUGUGUGCUGAAUUUGAGUAAAUAUUAUUCUAUGAAAAUAUUUGUAUUUGAUAUAUUGGUUGAUAUAUUGGUUUGUUAUUAUUUUUUAUAUGAGUUAUUUUAUACGAUUUUGGGAGAUUUUUGUAAUAGUAAGUAUUUUGAUAUCAGUAUUGGAGUUUUGAGAAAAUGGAGAUUUUAGCGCAUUUUGAAAAUAUGAACUUUGAUAAAUUUUGAGAAAACAAAGAAAAAUAAACAUUUUCAUAAAAGGUGAGCAUCACGGGAGAAAUCCGUGGUGUCGGUUUUUCCACAUCCGGAUAAAUGUGGAGGGUGGUUAGGUCUACUACUACGCAAAAAAGAAUUAACAUUUUUGGAGAAUUACUAGGAAGUUAGUUACAAAGUGAUUUUUGGAGAAAUUCAAUAAAGGAGAAAUUUCGGUGUUUCAUGUAUUUUGGAAUUAUUAUGGUUCACGAGUGAUGUGAUUGAGAUUUUGUAUAGAUAUUGUUUACUCAUGAUUUAUAAAAUGUUUUGAAAAUAAUUUUAUACUAACGGUUGUACAAAUUUAUAUAUAUACUAUUAUUAAUAUUUUAAAAGGUUAGGUGAGGCUUACUUAGCAUUAUUGCUAAUGUUUGUUUCUUUUAUUUUUCUAUCUGUACUUGAUUUUGUACAGGUGCUGAGUUGAUCCUGUUGAAGUUGAUUUUGAGAGAGCUUCCGCUAGAAAACAUAAUUAGUAAAUCAUUGUAAAUUUCUUUUCAAUAACUUUAAUUAGUGAAUAUUUGAAGUUUAAGUUGUUUUAGCCUGUGCACUCGGUUAGGUUAGAAUCGAGUGUGGCGGUAACUCCCCUAUUUCCCUUUUGAUUUUUCGCUAAACAAUUCUGAUGUUUUCAAUUAAAGUUAAUAAAUAAAAUUAUUUUUAAAGGUAUUUUUGGGUGGGAAAUUUGGGGGUGUUACAGCUAGAUUGGCACUACGUGUAUUGGGCUUAAUACAUUAGUGAAAUCCAUUUGAAAUAGGUGAGACUGGAUGUAGGAGGAUUACACCACAUCUGAACCAGGAUAUAUUGUGUAUUGACUCUACUGCUUAUCCUAGUGCUUAAUAACCUACUUUUUCUUGAGACAACUAUUUCACAAGAGCUUCGGGACAUCACUACUAAAAGGUCUGUUUUGACAGUUCUCAGAACACACUCCUCAAACGCAACAGGUGUCUCAGCAGUUACCUGAUACUACCCAACUGCUGAGACCUCUGCUCAAGCAAAACACCUUAACAUCUCCAGCUCAGCACACAUUCAGUAAGCCCUCAUCACUCUGUAUAACUCUCCCAAACUCCUAUUUUCCUCUAGCAGUUGCCUCAGCAAUUCCUUGCCAUCCAGGCAACUGCCAAGUCAACUGCUCACUAUCUGAAGUCCAAACAUCAUUCAAGCUAGAAAGUUAUCACAAACUAUCAUAAAGAGGUUAAAGACUUCCGAUGUGCAUCUAUCAAUCUCCCAAAAGAUUAUAGAUCAACUCAUAGUUAGAGAUAUAUUUACGGAGGGUCGAUUCCCUUAUGCGAUUAGACUAGGACUCCGACUCCUCGUUACCUGGCUAGCUCCGACGAUAACUCUUCUUGAGUAAGCCUUUACACAAAUUAUCCCUAGAACUGUACGCAUCGCUUUUCGUCCCUGGAACUAUACGCUUCUCAUCUUCUUUAAGAUCUGUAAGAUAAAUGAAAAAUACACUUAGUCUUCGAUGGUUUAUGAAGCUCGAUCGAUCUGUUGGAAUUUGAUGGGAGAAAAGAGAAUUUGAAUAAGAUGGGGUUUGGGUGGGUGAGAUAAAGUGAUAAGUCUUUGGGUGGG